CAAGUGCCAGGCAAUCAAACUGAGCCUGCACCGCUGCUGCUGGCCCUACACUAGUUUAAAACCCCAGGUACUUAACCGUUCAUCGUGACCCUGUCCGGAGCCCGUCUUGAUUCUGAACUUUCCACCCCAACACACCAAGUUUUUGAAUCAUUAGGCCUCGGCAGGGCCACCAUCGCCAAUGGACGCAACAUACACGCAGCACAGGCCGUCGUGGCGGCGCAAGAGCCGUUCGGGAGCAGGCCUCGACAGCCUCUCGCUCGCACCGCUCACCACCCGCCUCCCACUCCGCAACGAAGACUACGAGGCCAUCAAUUCCGCCUCCUCCCUGUCGCGCCCUCACACCUCGUACCUCUACGGCCGCUCCGCCCCUACCACUCCGCGCCUCCUCUCGCACUCUCCGCCGCCCAGCCGCCCCCGCCGCCCGGCGCGCGGCGCCUCGGUACCGUACACCCCGGAGCUCGGCGCCCUCGCAGGGAACAAGCACCACUACCGCCCGUCCAAGACGGCCGCGGCCUCGCCCGCUGCGGCGCGCAAGCGGCGGAGCGACAAGGGCGGCGGCGGCAGCAGCAUCUUCCCCGAUACCGACUUCCUCCUCCACGUCGGCGCGCUCAUCGCGUCCGAGGCGCGCGACGCCAAGGGCCAGGGCUGGCUCGUGACGCGCGCCAGCUCCACGACCAGCCUGCCCGUCGAGCCCGAGAACUACCGCGCGCGCGGGGCCGUGGCGGCUGGCGGCGGCGGCAACGGCAACGGCGGCAGCAGCAGCAGGAGCGCGUGGAACAGUCGGCGCGGAAGCAGGGACUUUGCGGCUGCCGGUGCUCGCGGCGCAGCCUCGGUGCCGUUCACGUCGCCUGCCCACAGCCGGUUCGCGAGCCGCAGCCAGAGCCAGGCCAGCCUGUUUGGCGGCAUGGGCAACCGGACCAUGACGCCCGAGGAGAUGAGGAGGGCUGACAUGCUGGCGCUGACGGAGGACGACCCCAAAGUGGUGGAGGAUUACUUCUCUAGGGCUACGGUACCGACCAACGAGGACGGGACGAUGCCGACGUUUGUGGGGUUGGACGAGGCCCUCGAGUAUGGCGUCGUGGACGGGCAGGACGAGCAGGAGACCCUGGCGGAGGCUGAGGAGUACGUCCGGGAGCUCAUGAAGAAUAGGGGCAUUCUGGGCUGGCUGGUGGACAAGAUGAGCGGGCGCGAGGACUCGCACGUUGAAGACGAGCCGGCCAUGGAAGAGUAUGAGGCGGACGACUACGACGCGUGGAAAGAAGCGGAGCGGGAUCGCCAGGAGAGGCGAUCAGCGAGUUUGAAGAGGCUCCAGGAAUGCACAAUCAUACCGUUAGAUUGCACUAACGACCCGCCUCCAAAGGAAGAUCAGGGCAUAUUGGGCGAUGCUUCGUGGCUUCUGAAAGUGGCUGCGAAAGCUCUCUUUGCGUGAGAGAACAGGGCUAAGAGAGAGGGGAGGACUGGAUACAAGGCCGAGGCCGGGAGCAGCUAGCGGGUCUACGCGUUUCUUCUACUACUACAGCUUAAUCGUGAAGGAGACGGGCUCUGGAGCCGUCUGUCGGACGACCUAUUUUCCACCCCAGUUUGGGGUGCGGGGGCCGGCAUUUUAACAGCCGUGGACAGCGUUGGGAGCUUUGAAGUUGCAUUUCUGGAACCUGCCUUAUCAUCGUCAGGAAGGUGUACAAGCCGCCCGUCUAGUAAUAAUACGCUUUUUAUCUUUUAUCAGCCUACGAUCAUCAUCACCACCUUAGACAUGCCGAAAGCCUCAAAGUUGAGGGGGUAAACCGACGAGAGCAGCCGGAGCGAACGCGCUAGGCACCACCGGUCCGGUCCAGUCCGGUCUCGCGGCGGAAGCAAAACCCGUCAUCCUAGACGCAUCCACCGGGUUGUCGUCUCUUCGCAAACCGCCCAG